CAAACACCAUUCCCAUCUUCAUUCUCAAGUAUCAACUAGCUAUUGAGAGAAGCUAAAUAAUGAUCCCAACUAUAUAAUUCAGUUUCCUAUUGAGGGCCGUCCAUAAUAAACAAGAUGGGUAUCAUCAAAUUUAAGGUUAGUUUCCUGCUGUUAAUGUGCUUGUGCUUCCUUAGUGCGCCUGCAGCUUCCCAUGGCCGGCUUUCUUCAGAAAAAAAUGACGGGUUAUUCAGAAUUGGUCUUAAAAAGAAGAAGCUGGAUAUGACUGACAUUAGAAAAGGAAAAGAAGCUUACAGAAUGGCUUCAUUAAUGAGACAUGGCGAUAACAUCACAAAUCCUGAAGCUGGCACUGUCGCGCUUAAGAACUAUAUGGACGCUCAGUAUUUUGGUGUCAUUGGUAUUGGUACACCUUUCCAGGAAUUCAAUGUCAUUUUCGACACUGGAAGUUCUAAUCUUUGGAUUCCCUCUUCCAAGUGUUACUUCUCUGUGGCUUGCUAUUUCCAUUCAAAAUACAGAUCCAGCCAGUCAAGUACUUACAGCAAAAAUGGGAAAUCGGCUGAAAUUCAUUAUGGAACUGGAUCUAUAGGAGGGUUCUUUAGCAAAGAUCAUAUGAGAGUUGGGAAUCUCAUUAUCAGAAACCAGGACUUCAUUGAGGCAACUAAGGAGCAUAGUGCAACUUUCCUGGCUGCCAAGUUUGAUGGCAUUCUUGGACUUGGUUUUCAAGAGAUCUCUGUAGCCAAUGCUGUUCCUGUUUGGUACAACAUGGUGAAUCAGAGUGUGGUGAGGGAACCUGUUUUCUCGUUUUGGUUUAACCGCAAUGCUGGAGAGAUCCUUGGAGGUGAAAUUGUGUUUGGUGGAAUGGAUACUAGCCAUUUCAUCGGUAAUCAUACUUAUGUACCAGUCACAAAGAAAGGAUAUUGGCAGUUUGAAAUGGACGACGUUCUAAUAAAUGGGAAAACAACAGGUUUCUGCUUGGGUGGAUGUCCGGCCAUUGCUGAUACUGGCACGUCGUUAUUGGCAGGACCUACGAACAUAGUAGCGGAACUGAAUCGGGCUAUUGGAGCCACCGGAGUUAUAAGUUUGGUCUGCAAGUCGGUUGUUACUCAAUAUGGAAAGACCAUUCUUGAGAUGCUGCAAGAAGAGGCUGACCCUCUAAAGGUUUGCCCUCAAAUUGGGUUAUGCACAUCUCUAUCUAGCAAUGAUGAUGACAGUAUUGGGAUUAGGAGUGUGGUCGACGCAGAAAACAACGAGGAUGAAGGAGUGAACAGCAAUCCUAUGUGCACGGCUUGUCAAAUGAUUGUUGUGUUUAUUCAGAAUCAUAUGAGACAAAAUGAGACUGGCGAUCAAAUUCUAAACUUCAUUAACCAGUUCUGUGAGAGGCUGCCGAAUCCAAUGGGAGAAUCUGCUGUUGACUGUGAUGCACUUUCUACCAUGCCUAAUGUCACAUUGUCCAUUGGUGGCAAACCAUUUGAUCUUUCUCCCCAACAGUAUGUACUCAAAAUUGGCGAGGGAGUGGCACAACAAUGUAUUAGCGGAUUUUUGGCGUUAGAUAUUCCUCCACCACACGGACCUCUAUGGAUAUUGGGAGAUAUAUUCAUGGGGCAAUAUCAUACGGUUUUCGACAGUGGUAACAUGAGAAUUGGAUUUGCUGAAGCAGUGUGAGUGAAUGAAGAAUGAAUGUUAUAUUUUUGAAGGCUUACAGCUUCAUCAUGCAUAUAAAUUUGGUCACAUACUAUAUUUAUACAUAUAGUAUGUCAUGUGGAACAUUUUGCAAUAAGCUCAUCAUGAUCAUCUUGUAAAAUAUUAUAUUUAAUUUGUCAUUUUUGUUCUUGUUUCAA